GCCGUGAGUGCGGGUGCCCAGUUCAUCGUGUCUCCGGGGCUGAACCCAGAGGUCGUGAACUGGUGCCUCGAGAAUGGCGUUGCUGUCAUUCCGGGCGUUGCAACUCCCACUGAGGUUGAGACCGCGCUUCGCCUGGGCCUGUCGGUGCUCAAGUUCUUUCCGGCAGAGGCCAAUGGAGGCGUUAACGCCUUGAAGGCCAUCUCCGCCCCUUAUGGGCAGAUCACCUGGAUGCCCACAG